AUGAAAGUGGAACCAGUGAGACCUCAUGUCUAUUUGGAUAUCUCCAUCGGUGCAAGGGAUGUUGGCCGUAUUGUAAUCGAAUUAUUCGAUGAUUUAGCACCCAAAUCCACUGAGAACUUCAUCAAUUUAUGUGAUGGGGUAUCUCUCGAUGGCGAGAUACUAGGAUACAAGAAUAAUGUUUUUCAUAGAGUGAUCAAGAACUUUGUCAUCCAAGCAGGUGAUUUGAAGUAUGGGCAAUUCUCUUCAGUUGAUGCCUAUUAUCAAGAAGAUAUAGGGAAAGGUAACAUAUCCACUGUAGAUCCUCCCAACAUGAUAGAGGGCGAAAACUUGUCGGAAGCCCUAGAUGCACCAUUCAAGGUAUGCAUGGCUAACAGUGGAGACAAAAAUGCAAACGGCUCUCAAUUCUUCAUAACUACUUAUCCCCUGCCGCAUCUUACUGGACGUCACUCAGUCUUUGGAAGAGUGAUACAUGGGAAAUCUGUAGUCAGAGAAGUCGAAAGAGUUAACACAAAUAAGGAGAAUAUCCCUAAAAAGGAAGAGAUAGUAUUGAUCAAGGAUUGUGGAAAAUGGGAUGAAAGCAUGCCUGUUCCUAUUUUCAACGCCAGCUACGACACCAGAGGUGGAGAUAUAUACGAAGAGUUUCCAGACGACGACGAGCAUAUAGACAAGGAAUCAUCAGAAUCAGUAUAUGAAGCUGCUUCCAGGAUCAAAGAAAGUGGUACCUUGCUAUUUAAAGCUGGAAAAAAACAAGAAGCUUUCUUAAAGUACAGAAAGUGCAUGAGAUACAUUAUGGAAUACAUUCCUGACCAGGAUCAAGAGCCUGAAUGGUAUGAAAAGUACAUUGAUUUGAAGAAGAAAGUCUACUUGAACUUGUCUUUAGUAUGUCUCCAGUUGAAGAACUAUGUGAAAGCAGUAGACUAUUCGUCGUACUUAUUGGAAAUGGACAAUGCUUCCAGUCAAGAAAAGGCAAAGGCUCACUUCAGAAAGGGAUCAGGCUUAAUAGAGUUGAAGAAGAAUAAUUUGGCACUUGUAGAUCUAGAAGCAGCUAACAAGUUAGUACCUGAUGACGCUGCUAUCAACAGAGAACUUACCAGAUGCCAAGAUUUGAUAGAACGCCAAAAAAAGGAAGAGAAAGCUAAAUACGCCAAGUUCUUCAAGUAG